CCGCGCCGCGGGCUCUGUGAUGCGAGGCGCAGGCAUGCUCAGUAGCCGGUGCCUACCCCUCCUAUCGCAGCGGCGGUGCCCGCGCUGCUAGGAGGCUGCUUGCAGCGGGAGCGGAGCCGGAAAGCCAUCUUUGCUGGAGGGAGAGGCAGCGGUCCCUGAGCUCGGCACCCGCUCGGCUGCACGCCAUGUCUGCUCCAGCUCCUAGCCAAGGUCCCACCAGUGCUGGGGCUGCAGGGCCACCUCCUGCUACCAAUGUGUCAAGCAACAAACGGCUGCAGCAGACACAAGCCCGGGUGGAUGAGGUGGUAGACAUCAUGAGAAUGAAUGUGGACAAGGUGCUAGAAAGGGACCAGAAGCUAUCAGAGCUUGACAACCGGGCAGAUGCAUUGCAAGCAGGUGCCUCACAGUUUGAAACCAGUGCAGCCAAACUGAAGAGAAAAUACUGGUGGAAAAACUGCAAGAUGAUGAUCAUCCUUGGUGUAGUAUGCGCAGUCAUUCUCAUUAUAAUUAUAAUUUACUUCUCUACUUGAAAAAGCAAAGGAGGAAGACUUGGCACAACUAUGUUCAUGUCAAACAACGAUAUCAGUGUUCCUUUGUUGAACUCCGCUUUUUAAUUCCCGGUGUCUUGGGAUUUUUGCUUGUAAUAACCCAUAAGCAUUCAGUGUGGUGUGUUUUGGAAUUCUGUUGUUUCCACAAGAAACUGUACCAGCUAAAUACUGCCAAGUAGUUCCAUACACUGUCUUAUCACUGUGUCUUAAAAUGUGUACGCACUGACCUUCAGAAACUGUAGUAUAUGAAAAGCAUCCUAAACAUCUCAAAAUCAGAGAAUGCAGCUAUGGGGCAGCUUCUGCUUGAAGGGACACUGUCAGGUGGACUGGACCCAAAUGGAAGGUUGCAGCAAACAUUAGGGCCAAAAUUCUCAAUCUGAGCACCUAAAGUUGGAUGGCAAAUUCCACUAUCAGAUAUAACUUUUUGAGGUAGUGAGUAUCUGCUACUACUAUUGAAGAGAGUGUCACCUACAAGUAUUCAUGUAAGACAUCUUAUUUCAACUUAGCCAACCAAACACAGAUUUUUUGAGAUUAGUCGUAGUAUCCAACUCUAAAAACAUUAGCUGCAGAAAAUAAAUAGGAACUGGAUUAUCAUCUCUUAUGGAUUUAAAUUUUUCCUUAUGGGGUGUUCUGUACAAUGAGGAUGGCUUCAAUAGGAAAGCCAGAAAGAAAACAGUAUGACAAUCAAAAAAGCAUUCACUAGCACAGUCUUGAAAAAUCCCAGUGAAAUGCAAAAAUGGUAAUUCAGUCAUCAUAAAUGACCAAGAUACAGACUCUUGCUAAAAACUCAAGGCACUGUCAGACUUCAUGGGACUCUCUUGAAUGCCAAUCCCUAAUACUUACGGCCCUAACACAAAGCACAUUAAUAACUCUGGUGAUGUAUGUGGCUUCUGAUCACAGGUAGGAAGCUACCUCUGCACCAUUUUGCAGAAAUGGUCGCCACUGUGAGGACCACUCAAAAAUCAGGAGGAAGGUAUAAGUAAAUAGAGGCAACAGUGGGGAGAGGCUGAGAAGGGGAAGGGUGCCUAGCAAAGCUUUCCUGGAGAAGAGGAAGGCAGAGAAACACUGUCCCAAAGUGUGGUGUUAAUAAGCUUUUUUAAAAAUUUAAUUUAAUUUGUGUGUGUAUAGUUCAUAAACUAUAGUGUCAUCUUUGUAAAGUGCUCAGCUGAGAUAUUUUUCAUACUCAAUUAGUUUAAACUAACAUUUGAAUAAAAGAAAUGAUACAUUAUGAUUUGAGAGAAAGUUCUUGUAUGCUAUUGUUAUAGGGUUUCUCCCAAACAUUGAAUUCCUUUCUCCAAGACUGAAUAGUUUAAUCAUAGUUAACCAAACUAAAAAUGAAUUAUCAAAUUUUGAGCCAGGAAAUUCUGAAAGGGUCUUUUUAGGAUAACUCCUCCAGAAUUUCUAAGAAGAAUUUGUAGAAUUCUAAAAAAAAGAAUUGUUUGGGUUUUUUUGUCUGCAAUUUAAUUAGGGCAUAGAAAUGGUGAUAACAGUAGUGUAAAUAUUCCCACUGUGGAGCAUCUCUCUUGACAUGGUCUUAUAUUAAAAAGACACCCAGACCAGUUUGUUCCAGUGGAUGUAUAUACAAAUUGUGCUUAAGUAGACUUUUGCAGAGAGAAUAAGCAAUGAUCAGUUGAAAGGUUCCAGUUGCUUUUUUUCCCUAUAUAUUUAUUACUUCAUAUUCACAUGUACUGUUUCAUAUCAUUAAGUAGCAAGUGGCCAUAGUGUUAAUGAAACUUAACUUUCAAAGUUACUAAUGUGCUACUGGACUUCCUGGUAUGCCCUGUUCACCUCAGUCCUUCAGCUGAGUGAGUAUAUAAUCAAUACUGAAAUCCUUGUGGCCCAGACAGAAAACUCUGUUGUCAUGACAGGCCUGAAUCCAUGAGGUGGCACAACUGAAUGCUAUGUAUAAUUGAACUUUGCUGGAAAAGCAAUAAGCCGUCCAACUUCAGGACCCUUUUCAAACUACUGAGAUAUUUGGCUAGGUGAUGUGAAAUAAUUAUUUCCUAAGAGUGAGACCCUGCUACCUGUACCAAUGUUUAGCUUGAUCCUUGCAGGGCUUCUCUACAGGAAUGCUGAAAGGACUCACGAGAUGAAGAUAGCUUUCACUGGAGAUGGUACGAUCAGCAAGGUUAUAUGCUGAUACAGAACCUUAACGUAGAUUAUGCCUUUUCCUGUGAGAAUCUGAACUGACAACUGAUAGAGCUGCAAAUAUACAUCAGAUUUGAAUCCUCUAGCUACAAAGAUGCAGCAUUUCCAAAUGAAACUGUAAUGAAACUGCUAUAAGGAUGCAAAGCUCACAUCCUCCUAGCUGGCAUAUCUCAAGCAAGUUAAAAAUCAAAGCGGGAGCUUUAGGGGAGAGUGGAGAAGAGAAACUGCUGGUUGUGAAAUGUGUACUCAUCCUCCCUCAAAACAGUAACUAAUGGGGAUAACUGCUAAAUGUUAGUGAGAAUUUGCAAGGAAGAGUUUAGUCAAGAAACCUAGCCUAUGGUGGGUUGUAAAAUGUUUCUGGAGAGACAUUUCCUCCUGUGUGCUAAUGAAAUAUGCUAAAUUAAUGUGUUUAACUCUUUUAAGUUGUUUCCGUAUAGUGUGCUUGAAUGCUCAGUGUUUGCUAGUUGUGCUGUGCUGGUUGGUUGCAGUCAGUAAGAUAAGCCACGUAACAUUUCUAAUCCAGUCCAGGAAGCAUGAACAAUUAUGUCCUUCCCUGAUGCAAAGACCCAGAGUUGAACUGCUCCUGCAGAGGAUUAAUUCUUCUGCAAGGAGAAUAUGGUAAGAUAGGUCUGUUCAGGGUCAUAGAUUGUGCAACACCGUCAUGUAUACGUAGACUGGUACAAAGAACAAUCUAUAUACACACAGUUGGAGAUCUUAUUUGUGUUGAAGCCAGGAUCAAUUGCUUUCUAUUCAUUAUCUCUACAUUUAAAAUGCCCAUGAAGUUAGAACUGCCUACUUGUAACAGUAGAUUUCCCAGGUUAACUCGUUCUUGUUUAGUCAGCACUGAUUAGAAUUUCAACUACUACUUUUCACCACUAACUACUGCCUAGGCUUUCAUCCUGGGCUGGUAAAAAGGCACAAAAGGGCUUGCUUUUACCCACUCCCCAGCAGACCCUCAGGGGACUGCAAGGCUGAUUGCUUUCUGACUGCCAUCUUGGGGACAGAACUGAAGAAUUCUCUGGCUGGAAGCAAGGAUUUUGAUGUUGUUAGCCAGAGUUAGACAUUGUUUGAGACUUGCAUAUUCCAUCCUUAUAAGAAGUGUUUCCUCUUAUUUCUGGGCUAUAGCUGUACAGCUAGGAUGCUAGCAUGAUAUACCAUUCAGAAACAGCAGAGCUGAAAUGCGGUGGUUAGGAGCUCGUCUGUGUUUGUACCACAGCUGCUGUUAGGCUUGCCAAUGAGUGCACAUCAGCUUCUGAGGUUCAAGAAGUGUUAUUUGCAUCCACUAUCCAGAGGCUAGUAAGGUCCUGCUUGGUCAUUAUGCCUUCUUCCUUCCAAUUUAGCUCACCUUGCAAUAACAUAAAUGUGGCUUUAACCUAAAAAAAUUGGUACACGGAACUUGUAGGAGGAAGUAGCAUGGAAGCCCUAACGGGGCACUUGACCUGAUUCUCACUUGACAACAUUAUGUAACAGCACAGUCAAUCCAACAUAGUCCAACAUAAUCCAAUAUUAUUAGAAGGAGGAGGGGAGAAUCAGAUAAAGAUUCUGAAUGUAGCUUAGGGUCUGUAAAACAAGAAGUGAUUUAGAAAUGUAGUCAGACUGAUUUUUUUUAAUUUGGCACUUUAAUUCUA